AUGGCGAGUACAUGUAGGUCGCUGUGCUCAGCCGGUGUGCUUGCAAAAUGCUUCAGUAUUUCUCAAACCAGAUGUAUUCUAGACACAAAACCCUUUGUCAGGGUCCUAGUUCCAACACAUUACCAACAGCAGCGUGGUGUCAGAAAGCGUCCACCAGAACCUUUUGCCAGGAAGCGCAGGGCCAGGAUACAGGACAGUGGACUGAGCCCAGCCAAUGAGAGCUUCCUCCAGGAGGUCAUAGCAAAUGAGGCGAUGAGCAAGGUGGAAGAGUUGGCCAAAAUGAAUUGUCCUCUUAAAGAUGGUCCAUGGGCAAGGGGGGAAUGGAGGAAGGGUACAAAACGUACUGGAGUUGUAGGUGUGAAGAUAGGCUGUGUUCCUCACUGGACUACUAAAGGAAAGAAAAUGUAUCUGACCAUGCUACAGGUGUUGGAUAAUCAUGUAGUGGAAUACUUAACUCCAGACGAAUUUGCUCAGACUCGAUUUGUCCAAGAAUUUCAUCCUAAAAUGAAGGGAAAGCUUGGGGCUGUCUUUGUAGGAAGUAUGGGCAUAGAUCCAAGACGGUUAAGUCCUCUUGAACUCUCUCUAUUUGAGAAACAUGGGGUUCCCCCAAAAAGGAAGGUAUUUAAGUUUGUAGUGACUCCCAAUGCCGCAAUUCGGCCAGGUACCCCAUUAUUUGCGUCACAUUUCCGUGUUGGAGAUUAUGUAGACCUCCAGGCUAAGACAAUAGACUAUGGGUUUCAGGGCGUAAUAAAAAAACACGGUUUCAAGGGAGGAAGAGGCCACGGCACAACACGCUGGUUCAGAAGAGUUGGCUCUAUAGCUCCUGGGAGAAGAGACGUGAUCCCAAAAGGGCAAAAGAUGCCUGGAUACAUGGGCAAUAAAUGGAGAACACUAAAAGGAACAAGGAUUUACAAAAUUGAUACAAAGUAUAACGUCAUAUAUGUCAAAGCUUCCACAAUUCCUGGGCCUCUACACGCCUAUGUUCGCAUUAUGGACAGCAAGUUGCCUAAUCGUGUCAGAGAAAGGGAGUUAGACCCACCACCAAUACCAACAUUUUAUCCACAGGACUCUCCUGAGCCUAUACCGGAGGAGAUAUAUCAUCCAGACUUGUUCAGAUUUGACAUGGAAUCUAUAUUGUUUCCACCAGAUGACCCUGCCUUGGAGAAGAAGAAGAAAUCCAAGACAGCCCAGAAGAAAUGAGAAUGAUAAAUUUUCCAAUUUUUUUAAGUGUGGAAAUGGUCAGAGUUACUGACACCCAAUAGAAUAGCAACUGCUGAGGUAGUUUGAGGGAUUGACACAGAAGUGAGAGAGAAGGUGAUAUAAGAAUUAGGAUUGACGGCACUGGAGUGUAAACCCUGUUGAAAGGAAUGCUUAGGACCUGUGCCAGGAUUGCCUGUCGAGGAAAGAGAUAUGUGCUGUAACGUUAAAAGUGUUCGGAACAAACGGAUUACUAUGGGGUAGAAAUGCAAUUAGAGUACUUUUACCCUUAUAAUGUCUGAAUCAAUCUAGUUAGAAAGCGGACAAGUUACCUCAGCAAAAAACAACGGCAUGUGGAUUGAAUGGAUCAAAAACUGUUACAAAAAAGAACAUGGAGGCGAGGGAAAGUCAAAUGAGUGAUUUUAACCAGUGGAAGCAAAGCACAGAAAAAUCUACCAGUGUAUCUUGCACAUUUCAAUUGAAAGGUAACUGUAUCCAGCAGACUGAUAUGCAAUUAAUUCAUUCAUUUUUAUUUCCUUCGACAAAAUUUUGUCAUUUUCAUGCAAAGGAGAAGAAUACUGCAAUUUUUUACAAUUAUUUUAUUUCGUGAUCUUUUUUGUGUUCCCUGACUAGAUAAUAUUUAACUUUCAAGUUUUAAGAAAAUCCUCGACACUGAAGUAAUGAUAAAAUUGCUUGCAGAUCUUAAAAUAACCACAGAAUAUGGCACACUUGGAUAAUAAAGCCACAUAUGAAAUAA